AUGGGUGCAAUGAGAGCUAGCAACGUGAUCGGCGUGCAUGUAGUUAAAUAUGAAGCAUUGGAACAGAGCGACGAGAAUGAAGCCGUUUCCUUGGAAGUCUGGAGUGAGGAAGCUAAUGCUGUGAGUAGACGCCAUGAAGAAUUUUCUGCCAUCGUGAAAGCAACGAUUCUGUCUAUUAAAGAAGUUUUGUCUGAGAGUUUUGUGAAAACUCACCAUUCGAUGGGAAAAGGAAAAGAUCACGUUAGGCCUUUCAAUCCCAAGUCUUCAACUCAAGAUAUACCAAACACAACUCCUCUAGAUUACUCAAGCUACGAGCAGCCAAAUGCCAACCCUUAUCACCCAUGGUCGCUAAUCAAACCAUUUCCAUCAUCAACUAAUUAUCCAAAUCUACUCAAUCCUUGUUCGUCUAUAGAGGUUGAAAAGACUCUCAUUCAAGAUUCAGAUUCAAGGGAUGAUGAAUUUGAUCAACAGAACUUGAAUGGACAAGAUGAGGAUUGGGGAACCAUUUUAGACGUGGAUAACGAACAAGAUGGAGUAGAUGGACAACAUGAAAUUACACCUAAAGCUCACAUUAAGGUUGAGAAGGAGGAUGAUAAUGAAAUUGAAAAUGGAAAUGUCUUCAACGAGAAUUUUACUCUUGAAGAACCCACUCGCGGAUUGAUGUUUCAUACUAAAGAGGAUCUCCAAGCUUAUUAUAAGCAAUAUGGGAAGCAGCUGGGGUUUGGGGUUAGCAUUCAAAGAGUCAAAAAGGAUGUGGAUGGUACUUUCAAAUACUUAACUCUAGGAUGUGCUCGUGGCGGUAAGGCACGUAACCGCACACAUGAUGUUUCUAAGCCACGUCCAACCAGCAAGAUAGAAUGCAAGGCCAAGAUCAAUGCAAUGCUAGUAAACGGCUUGUGGCGUAUAACUACAGUAGAGAAUGCACACAAUCAUGGGUUGAGUCCCCAAAAGUCCAGAAACCUUAGAUGCCAUAGGGAAAUUGACACAAUCACCAAGAGGAAAUUAGACGUAGCCGAUAGAGCUGGGGUACGCAUGAACAAAAGCUUCAACACUUUAGUUGUUAAUGCAGGUCGGUUCGAGAAUCUUCAAUUUCUAGAGAAGGAUUGUCGUAAUUAUAUUGACAAGGCCAGACAACUUCGCCUUGGCAAAGGAGGUGCUGAGGCCCUUCGUGCAUAUUUUAUGAGAAUGCAAGUAAUGAAUGAUGGAUUUUUUACCUUGAUGGAUUUAGAUGAUGAUUUGAGGUUAAGAAAUGUGUUUUGGGCUGAUGGACGGAGUAGGGCAGCAUAUGAUUAUUUUGGGGAUGUUGUGACGUUUGAUACAACAUACCUUACUAAUAGGUAUGGUAUGCCAUUCGCACCAUUCGUGGGUGUGAAUCAUCAUGGCCAAUCGAUACUAUUGGGGGCAGGAUUGAUAUCAUCUGAAGACACAAAUACAUUUGUUUGGUUAUUCCAAACAUGGUUGUCUUGCAUGAAUGGAAAAGCUCCAAAAACUAUAAUAACGGAUCAAGACAGGGCAAUGAAAAAUGCAAUUUCAAUUGUUUUUCCCCAAACACAUCAUAGAUACUGCUUGUGGCACAUUAUGAGGAAAUUGCCAGAGAAGUUGGCUUCCAAUGCUCAAUACAAUAGUGGGCUAAAAAGUACAUUUCAGCGUUGUGUGUAUGACUGUCAAACUGGAGAGGAGUUCGAGAAGCAUUGGGGCUUAUUUCUUGACACCUACAACUUGCAUGAUCAUGCAUGGCUGCAAAGUCUAUACAGUGAGAGGAUGCAUUGGGUACCAGUGUAUUUAAAAGAUGCAUUUUGUGCAGGGAUGAGCACCACAAAACGUAGUGAAAGCAUGAAUGCAUUUUUUGAUGGUUUUGUUCAUUUGAGCACUAUACUUAAAAAGUUUGUCGAUCAAUUUGACAAUGCCUUGAGGAAAAAGGUUGAGAAUGAGAAUGCAGCAGACUUCCACUCUUUUAAUUGCACAAUUCCAUGCAUAUCUCCUUUACCAUUUGAGAGGAUAUUUCAACAUGUGUACACAAUUUCCAAGUUUAAGGAAGUGCAAAAGGAAAUAAUGGGAAUGAUUUGUUGCAAUGCUCAUCUUUAUAAAAACGAAGGUGCAAUUUCAACGUAUCAUGUGGAUGGCAAAAUUAAUACUGAUGACUUUGUCAAAUUAGUUGCAUUUUCAGUUUACUUUAAUAAAGAUGAGUUGGAGGUGAAGUGUAGUUGUGGACUGUUUGAAAUGAGAGGUAUCAUGUGUCGACAUGCUCUUUCUGUUUUAGAUACAAAAAAUGUUCAAACUGUGCCUGAAAAGUAUAUUUUGGAACGAUGGAGGAAAGAUAUAAAAUGA